UCCCAUCGUUUUUCUUUUCUUUUUUUUAAAAACAACAAGGACAUCUGUCGGUCUCUUACACCUCCUUCCUGCUUCUUGUAACGCAUUCGGAGGAGAACCUCCCGUUCUUCUUCUUCUUCUUCUUCUUCACCUGGAGGUUUGUCAGUUGGUGCUCGGUCCUCCGGGGUUUGCUGAGCCGAGCGGCAGGGGCGUGAGAGGCGGAUGCUGCGAGCGUAGAAGCAGGUACCAACAACCCGGAGCAUCACCGCGCUCAGCACACGAUGGACAGAAUGAAUUUUCUCUCCUUCCUUCUCCUUUGCUUGACUUCGGUUGCCAAUGGCAACAAAGCCAAUAAACACAAGCCAUGGAUCGAGACGGAGUACCAGGGGAUCGUUAUGGAGAACGACAACACCGUCCUGCUCAACCCCCCUCUCUUUGCCUUGGACAAAGAUGCCCCACUUCACUAUGCUGGUGAAAUCUGUGGUUUUCGGGUUCAUAACGGUCCCUUGGGUUCAGGAUCAGUCCAGUUUGAAGCCGUUGUUCUGGACCGCUCCACCGGCGAGGGUUUGGUCCGGUCCAAGGAGCCGCUGGACUGUGAGAGUCAGCGGGAACACAGCUUCACCAUCCAGGCCUACGACUGCGGAGAAGGACCUGAUGGAGUCAACAGCAAGAAAUCUCACAAAGCCACUGUGCAUGUUCGUGUAAACGACGUCAACGAGUUCUCCCCUGUGUUUGUCGAGCGUCGCUACGAGGCUUCGGUCCCAGAGGGGCGUCUGUUUGACCGAAUCGUACGCGUGGAGGCUCUGGAUGCCGACUGCUCCCCGCAGUACAGCCAGAUCUGCUUCUAUGACAUCAUCACUCCCAGUGUGCCCUUCGCUAUUGACAACGACGGUAACAUUAAGAACACUGAGCCUUUGGAUUCAAAGCGGCAGCGCGUUCACACCUUCUGGGUGACUGCCUUCGAUUGUGGAAAGAAUCGUGCUCAAGCUGAUGCUCAGGUUGUCGUCACAGUCAAGCCGUCCUGCAAACCCGGCUGGAUCGGAUGGACAAAGCGUGUAGAAUACACACCAGGGUCAGGAAGCAUCCCUCUGUUCCCCAGCCUGCAUUUGGAGACUUGUGAAGAGACGGUGUGGAACAUCCAGGCCACUGUAGAGCUCCAGACUGGCCACAUUGGAAAGGGCUGUGACAGAGACAGCUACUCCGAUAGAUCUGUACGCCGCUUGUGUGGUGCCGUCAGGGGUGAAGUAGACCUCCUCCCACCUCCAUCUCCUGCAGCCAACUGGACUGCUGCUCUGCCCACUCUUCCCUCUUCUGAUUCAUCUCUGGUCUUUUCCUUCAACGGGUCGAAUCAUGUUGCAGCGGUGCCGGAUUCGAUCGUGUCCACACUGUCAGGUGACCAUUUCACCCUCCAGCUGUGGAUGCGCAGGGGUGGUGCCAACAUCCAGGCUUCAACCACACAGUCCAGGGGAAAUCGCAAGGAUGAGGAGACUAUUGUGUGCAGCACCGUCAAGAAUGAUGACUCCUACUCUCAUUACUCCCUUUCCGUCCACGGCUGCCGUCUCUCCCUCUUCUACUGGCCCGACGUCUCGGCUGCACGGCCCGUCAAGUUCUUGUGGAAACUGGAGCAGGUGUGUGACAGUGAGUGGCAUCAUCUCUCCCUCAGUGUCCAGUUCCCAUCAGUGACUCUCUAUGUGGAUGGUGUGACCUUUGACCCUGCUCUCAUUCACGACAACGGAGCCAUCCCCAACCCUGCACCCCGUCAGAGGAUGCUCAUUGGCGCCUGCUGGGAGCUCGAAGAAAAGCAGAAGGAAAUAUUAAACAAUACAAUCCCAGAGGGGAAAGACUCAGUGAAGUACGUGGGUGGCUACCAUGGCCUGUUGUCGGGGGUGACGGUGCGUCCGGGUAGCGUGGAGCCUCACAGCGUGGUGGAGUGUCUUUACGCCUGCAGGGAGGGGCUGGACUUUGGAGAUCUGGAGACCCUGGGGUCUGGAAUGAAGGUCCACGUGAACCCGAGUCAGUCUGUGUUGGUGCUGGAGGGAGACGACAUUGAGAGCUUCAAUCGGGCCGUGCAGCAGGUCACCUACAGAAACUCGCUGCGCUUCGCCACUCCAGGAGUCCGUCCUCUCAAGCUUAGCACCUCUCUGAGAUGUUUCAAUGAGGAGAGCUGCUUGUCCCUCAAGCAGCUGGAAGGAUAUCUGGUGGUUCUCCAACCCGACGCCCCUCAGAUCUCUCUGUCUGGGGUCGGUCCACAUCUGGCCCGUCCAGCUCCUGAAUUCGAAGGUCCCCGUGGCGUUCCCCUGUUCCCGGAGCUCCGGAUCGUCUGUUCGCUGUCACAUGCUGUCAACACAGCUGCGCAGGGGAUGGAGGGUGGAGCUCUGAUGUCUGAUGCCGUGGCUCACACGCUGGAUGGUUGUGAGGUGCAGCCACUGGGGGAGGAGUUAAACCCAGAGAGGGAGGAGCUUCUGGUGGACAUGGAUGUUGUGCGAGAGCGAGGACUGGAAAUCAUCAACACGACUGCUUACAUUGCCAUUACAGGUGCUGAAUCUAUCUCUGUUUACGAGGACGUCCUUCGCUCAGUCCGAUACCGCCUAGCCAAAGGCUCUGCUCGCUUUGAGAGGCGGUUCCGCCUGUCCUGCUCUGAGAUGAACGGCAGAUACACGAGCAACGAGUUGACUCUGGAGGUGAACUUCCUCCACUCUUUGGACAGUCUGUACCACCCGUCCCACCUGCUGGCCUCACAGCAGCAGUUCCUCCAUCCGUCCCACCAUGCUGGAGAGUUGAGCGGACACACUUUGCCAAAUCCACACCGCAACUCAGUGGUUCCAGGAGCAGCGACCGUCAUCAUCAUGGUGUGUGUGGGUUUUCUGGUUGUCAUGGUGAUCUUGGGUGUCUUCCGAAUUCGCUCUAUCCACCGUCGAGGUGACAGCGCCAGGGGCGGGCCCAAGGAGGGAAGCAGCCAAUGGGACGACUCAGCGCUCACCAUCAUUGUCAACCCAAUGGAGUCCUACGAGUCUCGUAUGGGCAUCUCUGCUGAUACGGAGGGGGAGGGGGAGGGGGAGGAAGACGAGGAGGUAGCAGAGUCGCCUGAUGACGCAAGUGACGACCAGCGAAUCAUCAUCAAGAAGGAGUGCAGGGACGGAAACGCCCGUCGCUACUGAGCCACAACACGUAUCUCUGCACGAGUUCUCAUGGAAACCACAACUCAGCUCACCAGUCACACACUCCAACACCUUUAAUAUGCUGACUCCACAUGUAUAAGGAAUGUACGCUUACCAACACAACGCACAACACAAUCACUAUAACAACGCCAUAUGUGACCUAUAGCCGACAACAGGCUGUUGUUCUCCACCUAAAUGUUCAAUGGCACAAUGUAUACAGUUAAUGUAAUCUAACCGCCUAACUAAAUUCCACCAAAAUUAUAUGUGGUGCACUAGAUCUAAAUCACAACAUGGUGAAGUGUCUGUAUAGUGCAAUGCUGGUUGAAAGGGACUGUUUUUGUUUAAAGUUUAAAAAAAAAAUGUAUUCUUCCUUUGUUAUUGGAAAAAGGUGAAAUCUACAAAACUGGAACAAGGCUUUGGGUCAAUCCUUAAGCAAAGACACGAUCCUUGAUCCCACACGUUUGAAGUUUUUUAUUAGACUGACUCAGAAAGUCUGUGCACAAGCUCUUCUCUCCCUCUUUUCACCAUCUUCUGAAAUAUUCUUUAACCACCACAGAGUGAAGACAGUGCAGUCAGACAUCAUGGUCACAUAUAUAGGUUUUUACCCAUUCGCUAUAGUGAGAUUAGUUUCAUUGGAUCCUGGGUUUAUUCUUUUUGGACCACCUAUCAAUGUUGGACACUUGCCAACCUCAGACCUCAACUCUUACACAAGCUCUAGUUCUGUGAUACGCCAAGAAUACAGAAUAACAGCUUGGCGUUUAAUCAACAUUAAAUUUAGUAUAUCAGCUAGAUUUCUGCUUCAAACUGGAGUCUUUGCAGAGUUCCAGCUUGUGCCAUAAAAUCAACUGACCUCUGACCCCUGACCCCCUUCACAUAGUCCAAUGCACACAGCUCUGCUGGACGUCACAUGCAAACACACUAAAACACACACAGUCCAUUGCGCUACCCGUUAUUUCCAGAAUGUCCGCUCAGCUUGGGCAGUUUUGAUUGUAUUGAUUGUAAUGAAUUUUCUGUACAUACGAUGAUGACUAUUAAUAUUAUUGUUAUAUCUAUUAUUCCUGCGUUCACUCGUUCUCUUUUCUGCACAUUUUCAAGAGGGAGCAUAUUAUGAUUUUCUUUAUUUCCAUUUAAGGAAUCGCCUUUCCAGCAUCAGAAAAUAGUACAAUAAUGAUAAUAUUAAUAAUAGUAGUAGUGAUAAGGACGAUCAUCUCCGGUUGAUGAGUGUCUCUUUAUUUGUGUGUAAUAUUGUUGUAAUUUAAGAAUUUGUCCAUAUAAACCACAAAAAAAGGAGGGCACAUUGUUGUGAUACUUCAAAACGUCUCUCGUUCAUAUGUCAGAAUUCAGGGUCUAUUUUUCUUUUUCACGUUUUAAGAAAAAAAUCUUUUUUUCUAUAUAUUAUUAUGUUGGUUUUUUUUUUUUUUUCUGUCACCUUCCCACUCCAUUUGUCAUCUUUUGUUCGAUGAAUGUACAACCAUGUGCUUCUCCUCACCUCUCCCUCCCUCCCCCACUUCCCCCUCACCUCUCCCCCUGUGUCUCUUGCUGUCUGUCCGUGUAGCCUAUUAAUGUGCAGUGCUAAGGCUGUCAGUAAAUAAAGCCUGUUGUUUCUGAGUGUGACGUUGAGAAGGAAUAAACAUUGCAUUGAAUAAUACCUUAUAUUAUUACUAUGUUUGAACAUUACCUGUAAUUAAUGAUACAAUGCUGAGAUGGAUUACGCUGACUUAUUGUUAUUGAGAACUGUCAAAAAACAUUACAAAAUUCAUAAUAAAAACACUA